UCUCCAUCAGCUUUCCCAGAUCCCGUCAUGGACCAUUUUGACUGCCUGCCCUGAUAAGCCAGCUCGGGCCAAGCAGAAGAAACCAAAUAAUUCCACCCUGGCUGUCUCAGAGUUCGCAGCUCUCAUUGCUUUCCUGCCUAUCCCAACUUUCUUCGGGAACGCAAAAUCUCGGAGUCCAUUGCCUCCUGCAACUGCAUCUGCAAUUGCAAGCUCCGCAAGCUCUGCCGCUUCUCCCUUGCCCACAAAGAAAGCGCCGCCGGUGUUGUGAAGUUACCAGCUUUGUCGCACUUGCCGUUAGCAAUAAGAAAUGGCUGACAGCGCCGCCGUCAACGGCAAUCCCCCCGUGGAUUCCCUCAAGUCGAGUAAGUGUCAAGUGUCUCACAGCCCACAGCCUCUCCAUCGCACCCUGAUUCUUCCGCUGCGCAGAGCAGCUGACGAUACCAUUCCCACCGCUCCAGAUGCCGCAGCCGCCUACAACACUGUCGCCAAUGGUCCGGUAGCUCAGAACGUCAUGGAUCAGUCCGCGAAGACCUCGGCCGAGCUCUCCAACCUGGCCGCUUCCCGCCAACGGCCCAGCUACACGGCUGCCACCGGCCAGCCGCUGACACAUUAUCACUCGUUCUUUUCGGAGCUCCUGUCGUGGCGCAACCCUCGGGCCUCGGCCAUCGCCUAUGCCGCCGUCGUGUCGCUCAUCUUCUCGGUUAGGUAUCUGGACAUUCUGCGCUGGGGUUUUAAGCUCACCUGGAUGGUCCUCGGCAUCACCAUCGCCGCCGAGGUCGUCGGGAAGGCGCUCCUGAACCACGGCUUUACGACCCAGCUCCGGCCCCGCAAGUACUACACCGUUCCGCGGGAGACCCUCGAUGCUCUCAUUGGCGAUGUCCACGAGCUCAUCAACUUCUUCGUCAUCGAGUCGCAGCGCGUGCUGUUCGCCGAGAACGUCUAUGCUUCCGCUGCUGCCGCGCUCGCCGCCUUCAUCUCGUACUACCUCGUCAGGAUCGUGCCCUACUGGGGCCUGGCCGUCAUCGCCACCACCGUCGUCUUCUUUGCGCCGCUCGUCUACACUACCAACCAGGAGUUCAUCGACUCGCAGCUCAAGCACGCUGGCGAGGUGCUCAACGCCCAGACGGCCCAGCUGCGCUCGGUUGCCCAGAAGCAGACCAAGCAGGCUACCCAGGUGACCAAGCAGUACAUGGGCGACUACACCGCUAAGGCUCAGGCCCUGAUCAAGGGCGCCACCCAUCAUCACGAGCAGGCGCCCAAGAAGACGACGCCCCUCAAGGCGUCCGACUUCCCCGCUGCUCCCAAGGAGGAGCCGAAGAAGCCGGCCGACGCGGAGCCCGCGCCCGCGCCCGAGCCCGAGCCCGUCGCCAAAACGGAAGAGGAGCCCCUGAUUGCCGCUUAAGCCGGCGCCUCUUUCCCUUCCCCAUUUUGGUGACCGCACGUUUCCAUUUGUACUAUUCUACACCUGCCCGGCUGGC